GGACGGAUAUAGAUCGACGCUUAUAAAGAUGGAAUCUCACACUUAAUGGAUGGAAAAUUUCGCGAAAAAGUCAGACGAGACGAGAGUCGAGAGUCGAUGGACGACGACACUCGAGACAUUGGAGAGUAGGAGAUGUUGUGAACUUCAGGAAGAAACGCUCCUUUCUUUGAUCCCGACGUACUCGCUCGGUCAAUCGAUCAUAUACACUCACAUGGGAAUGUCCCGGAGCCCGAGAAAGACAGUAGAUUGAUUGAGAAAAAAAGAAGAAAAUUGAGUGAUUGUGGAUGGUGGUGAACCAUGUUUAUCAAGCGGUUUCUUCAGAAGGCGGGAGCGGAUACUGUGGGUUUUCUGUCCAGUCAUUGUUUCGAUUGAUUACGUGUGUUGCUUGAUCUGCUGCUUCGAUCGCCUGGACCUGCUUUGGUUUGGUGGAUGGAUGGAAGUUUGCUUGAAAUUUUGCUGGACCACUGAGCCGGCAAUACCAGCAGGUGGUCUCAAAGCAUCACACUUACAUCCCCAGCUCGCUGCGCACCAUGGAAUCUUCCACUCGGCCUCAAUCCUAGCCUACGAGCCUGUUCAACGGCUUCUUGCUGUUGCCUCUACUGAUGGACGAGUUAAGCUGCAGGGUGCUGAUGGUAUUGAAGCACUGCUACAAUCGCGCAGGCAAGUCGCCUGUAAGUUUUUGGAGUUUAUGAACAAUCGAGGUUUUCUUCUGCAUAUAAAUACACAGAAUGAAAUUGAAGUGUGGGACUACGAAAGAAAAGAGUCUGUUUAUCUCGAACCUUGGGAUGGAGAUAUCACCAGUUUCUACGUACUACAGGGAUCUCCUUUCAUGUUGCUUGGUGAACAUUCUGGUCUCGUGGUUGUGCUCCAAUAUGCCGAAGAGGAGAAGCUUUUGAAAAGAAUGUCCUACGGCAUUCCUGCACAUAUUCCGCUUGGUGGACUUGUCAGAGCUGGGAGUCAGGAUGCUCCUUGUGUUGUUUCGACUCUCGCGCAGCCUGAUGUUCUAUUUAGCAGGGUACUCAUUGCUUAUGGGAAUGGCCUUAUCAUCCUAUGGGGACUACACGAGAACCAAGUGCUUGCUGUGCGCGGAGGUACUGAAAAUCAACGCCGUGAAUUGUCGAAUUUCGCGAACAGCCUCAAAGGCCGUGCUAUUGCUACUUCUAAGCCUUCAGACGACGACGAGGAAGAGCAGGAAAUAUGCUGUAUGUGCUGGGUUUGUCCGGUUGGUAGUGUUGUAGCUGUAGGGUAUACAAACGGUGAUAUUUUGCUUUGGGGGUUGCCAACUAUCAUCAAAGCAAAGGGACUAGUGGAAAUGGAGCUUGUCGAAGGCCCUGCCUAUUCUGGUGUGCCCAUCAGGAAAUUGGAUCUUGCACAUGGUAUGGUUAAGAUGCCGGUUGUAGGUCUCACCUGGUGUGCCAGUGGAACUUCAACCAGGGGAGCCAGUGGCAGGCUCUACGUUUUUGGAGGUGGGGAAGUGGGUCGACCCGAAGCUCUCAUGGUCCUCUCUUUGGAUAGCUCAAAUCCGGAACAAGGCGGUGAGAAGCUUUUGCAAUGGGAUCUCACUUUACAGGGCCCUUUCGCAGACAUGGCAUUGUUACCACCUUGGCCGGCUGGUGAUGGUCUCUGUACUCCUGCAGCAGCUCUAGUUCUGCUCAUGAGUCCAGGGCUGCUACAUGUGUAUGAUGAACUCAGUAUUGCCAGUUACUUCGCUUCUUUAGCUGAAGGCACGCCCUCUCCUCCACUUCCACAACCAGUGCCAUUACAGCUCCAUGUAACAGAAACAAACGUAACUUGUGCCAAGCUGGUUUUGGUUUCAAAUGAUGGAGUGGCUGCCAGAGCUUUGCUUCAGAUGCCGCCGGUAACAAAGAGUUCAGUGCCUUCUACUUUGCCAGCUGGUACCAAAUGGCCUAUUAGUGGAGGUAAGCAAGUAUCGACGGGUUCUUCUUCUCAUACCAAGGACAUUUGUGAGAAAAAUGUCUACGUGACAGGUCAUCGUGACGGUGUUGUGAACUUCUGGGAUGCUGCUUCACCUUCUUACAACCUCCUAUGCUCGGUGACGAAUCAGAGUAAGUUGGGUGGAAAUUGCCCCGUGACAACGAUGGAGUUCUGUUCUUCGACUGGUUUGCUUGCCACUGGUGAUGAACACGGCAUGGUAUUUGUUUACAGGUUGCAGAAAGAAAACAGUGAAGUACGUUGCCGAUUUGUCACUCGUGAUGUCGCCGAAACUGAAGAGGAAUUGCAAAAGGCGGAUGGAAUCUUUGGCUGCAUUCUUGUUUUAAAACGUCACGAGGCUCCCAUUCGAUCAGUAGCUCUUGCAAGCUCUUUAUUUCGUCUAGCCGUUGGUGACGAACGAGGCAAAGUUUCUAUGGUGGAUUUACAGUCGAAGACAGUUAUUUUAUAUGCGAACUGCUUCUCGAAUCAUCCUUCCAGCAUUUUGUCUCUUGCAUUUUCAGCUGAAUAUGCAUCCACGUCGAUUCCGCAGUCCCCUGCCUCCUCAUCACCUAGGAUAAGAAGUCAGCAGGAUCCAACAAGUCAUGUGCCAGUUUUGUAUGUACUCGGGAAGGAUGCGAACAUGGUCGCUUACGAUGGUAGUACAGGAAUUGUCGUUGGUCAAGGGCCUUUCAAGCCCAUGCAUUCCUCAACAGCUGUUUCUUUUCAUCUUUUAGAUGCCGAUGGUACUCCAAUCUGUCUUCCAAGUCCCUCUUCAAAACAAGUCGUAGAAGGAGGAACCGAAGAGAGCGAAUCUGCUGAGAACGAGUCAAAUAGCAGUGAAGAACCGAGUUCCGUAACCUCUUGGACAUGUUCAGAAGCCCAUUUUUUACUUCUUUGCUGUACAGAUUCGUUGCGUCUUUACGCCACAUCUGCAAUUGUACAGGGUCAUCCUGUAUCCUUAAAAAAAAUCAAACUGGAGAAGACAUGUUGCUGGACUUCAGCUUUCCGGGAGAAGACAAACGAUUCGGGAUUGAUACUGUUAUUUACUAAUGGAGACAUUGAAUUUAGGUCGUUACCAGAUUUGGAAUGUGUGAAGGACACAUCCUUAAGCGAGUGUGUGAAGUGGAAAAUUGAGCUGAAUGAGUUUCUUAUGAAAACUCUGGGAAGUAAUAUCAGAGGCCAGCUCGUUCUGAUAGAUCAUGGUAGGGAGGUUGUACAGAUCUCAUGUCUGGAAGAGGAUUCCGCCAGUGUCCAGCUGCUACCUCAACCACAACUGUAUGACAGGGAUGUUGCUCUAGCAGAUGAGCAUGCCAGUGCGGCAAGGAAUAUACCUAAGAAGAAGUCAAAUAUUCCCGGCAUGGAAGGUCUUCUAAAAGGCGUGGUUGGUGGAGUAAUAAAAGAGCUGAAGAACGCGCUUGAUCCUGAAGUACAGCACGUGCAUUCUGCCUCAGAGCUUCCAAAAUUAUUUUCUACACGUCCAUUUACCAUACCGUUGACAAACCGACCUAAAUCAGAGGUUUCUUCUGACAACUUGGACAUAGAUGAUAUAGAUGUCGACGACAUGCCAUCAGGACCUACAGCUGCUGCUGAACCUUCCAGUGGCGGAGGCUUUGGCAAAUUUAGAUGGAGCUUAAAAGGAAAGGAGAAGACUAGUCAUGAAGCGGAGGGUGAUAGAACGAAGCUCUUUGAAGGAGGGAAGGAGGCGCCUAAGGCACGAACUGCAGAUGAUAUUCGGGCGAAAUAUGGUCACCAGAGAAAAACUCAGGAGGUGUCGAGUGUAAUGGAAAUGGCUAGAAACAAGUUGAUGGAACGUGGUGAAAAGCUGCAGGGCAUUGAAAAUAGAACGUCGGAGCUGGAAGACAAUGCAGAAAAUUUCGCUUCAAUGGCUGAGGAACUUGCGAAAAGAAUGGCCGCAAAGAAGUGGUGGGAACUUUGAGAAAGUUCAACCAUUCUUCACGUGUACAUGUAAUACAAAAGCAUCGUAUAAGAUUUUUGACGUAGUAACUUAAACCAACUACCACCAUUCAUUUUGGUAUACACGGAGUAUACAAACUCCCCACCAGAUUGACGCUCUAUAGCUUGUAAAUAAGCGAUUAACAAUGCCUAUUAUUUUUUUCUCUCGUUACUCUUGAUGUGGAUCUUUGAGAGUCGAGAGAUGUUUCGAUUUGAGUCUCGCCCUCACCCAUCUUGUCUGGGUCCCGAGAACUGCAUGGAGGCUCCUUGAGAGCCAAAAAUUCGGAUUGACUGGAAUGUUUUUCUUGCCUAAGUUAAAUGGGCCUGACCUAUGGACUCUUGAUUUGACAUACAAAUGAUGGAUAUGAGACGAUAAUGUAUUAAUAAAAUCUGGCCU